CAACAACAGUUCCACAUUUGGCAUCUACCGCUACACAAUGUUUUCUCUGGCCGUUUUGUUUUCUCUUAUACUUUUGUCAGAACAAUGCUGCUUUCCUUCAGAAUGGGAAGCUGAUGAGUUAGUUACUACCGCUACAAAGAGUGCUGGAAAGACGAUUCCAACUGUCUCUAAGGCUAUGUUGAAACUAAGCUGGGAUACACCAUUGAGGCGGUAUGCAUCUUCAGGAACUUACAUUGCUAACGGAGGCUAUACUGGCAACUUCAGAUCAUUGGCCGACUAUAUCUCUAAUGUCCUUUAUGAAGUUGUCGAUGGUAAAUGUAAUGUCACAAGAAUUAUGAAAUCCUUUUCAAAUGUCACGUGUACACCCGCUAAUGCACAGAAAAGUUCUCCUGUGUACCUAGGACUUAACCAAUUACAAAUUACACAGUAUACAUAUCAACAAGAUGGUACGACGGUUUAUGCUAACUAUGCCACUGGAUGUGUACCUGUAUCCUACAGCAGUUUUGGUAGUAGUGCUAACAAGGAUCGAGUAUAUAGAAGUGGAUCGUUUGAGAAUCUCACUGUCGGUAUAAAAGAUAGAUCUAUAUUUAAUAUACCUCCAGAAUGUCGUGGUACAUCUUUGAAUACAUUGGGAUAACAAGAAUCCUCGCUGUAGCCCAGGAAAUUUGGACUUUUGAGUCGUUUUGUGUAUCAAUUUAAUUAAAUUAUUUGAUCUUAAAUGCAUAAAUUUACAUUUCAUCUAAGAAGUUACUUUGGUUCAUGUGUUACAUAUAUAGACAGUUGUUUCAGGAGCGCAAGAUCCUCGAAAAUCAUUUCAAAAAGUGUGAACAUAACUAUUUUUUGAUGUCUGCUCAACCUAUAGAAGCGAGCGUUUUCAAAAUAUAAAGCUGUAAUUUUUAUCGAUAUUGAUUUGGAAUACUAGUAUACAGUUUCGAGAAAAAUAGUAUAUAGCGAUCGACAUAUUCAAAUAAAAUACUUAAAUUCAUCAUGAAGGUCAAUAAAAACUCACCAAAGAUA